AUGUCAGCCGCUACGGAACUGCAACCGCUCAAUGAGCAAAAAAGAGUCGAGGAGGCGGAAGUCGAAGUCGAGGAAGUGGCUCCAGAAGACAAGAAUAAUCUCGUCUUCUUCAUCAUCUUGCUUCACGGAAUCGGAACUCUCAUGCCAUGGAAUAUGCUCAUCACCAUCUCCUACGAUUACUUCGAGUCGUACAAAAUGCUCGCCAACUCUACGAUCGAUAUGAAUACCGGAGUGGUGACCGGUGACCCGACCGUCUACUCGUCCAACUUCCAAAGCUUCCAAACGAUUGCUUCGCAAGUGCCGAAUCUUCUUCUCAAUCUUCUCAACAUCUUCAUUGUUGUCAAAGGAGGACUCGCCGGCCGUAUCUGUGUUGGCCUCUCCAUCGUUUCCGUCUGCGUUAUCACCACGAUGGUCUUCAUCUACGUUGAGACAACCACAUGGCUCACCGGAUUCUUUACCCUCACAAUCAUCAUCAUUAUUGUGUUAAACGGAGCCAAUGGAGUCUACCAGAACAGUAUCUUCGGUCUCGCCUCGGAGCUUCCAUUCAAGUACACCAACGCUGUCAUCAUCGGAAACAACUUGUGCGGAACCUUCGUCACUCUUCUCAGUAUGUCAACUAAGGCUGUCACCCGCAACGUCUUGGAUCGUGCCUUCUCAUACUUCUUGAUUGCUCUUAUCACCCUCGUUUGCUGUCUCGUCUCCUUCCUGAUCCUCAAGAAGCAACGGUUCUACCAAUUCUACAGUACCCGCGCUGAGAGACAACGUGCUAAGAACGAGGAAGCUGCUGACAACAAGGGAAAGAUGGCAACCUACGUCGCCACCUUCAAAGAGGCAUUCCCACAACUCAUCAACGUCUUCUUGGUCUUCUUCGUCACUCUUUCAGUGUUUCCAGGAGUUAUGAUGUACGUCAAGGAUGAGAAGAAAGGAGGAGUCUAUGAUUUCCCAUUGCCACAAAACUACUUCAUGGACGUGACCACCUUCCUUCAAUUCAACGUGUUCGCUUUUAUCGGAUCGAUUGUCGCCGGUAGAAAGCAAUGGCCUCAACCAAGCAAGCUCUGGAUCCCAGUCUACCUCCGUCUCCUCUACAUCCCAUUCUUCGCCUUCUGCAACUACCUCCCGGAGACUCGAACCUUCCCAGUCCUCUUCGAAUCCACCUGGCUCUUUGUGAUCGUCGCUGCCUCCAUGAGCUUUGGAAGUGGAUACUUCUCCGGACUCGCCAUGAUGUACACCUCCAAGACUGUCGAUCCAUCGAAGGCUCAAGUCGCUGGAAUGAUGGCUGGAUUCUUCCUUAUCUCGGGAAUCGUCUCAGGACUCAUCUUCACUAUGGUCAUCAAGGCUUUCGUGACCGCCUAA